AUGCCAUUCCUCGCACCAGGUUGGCCAUCAGCCAUCAUCAGCGUGCUUGCCGCUUCAGUCCUCGGUCAGGGAACGAACUUCCCUCCAGACACACUAGGACUUAAGAACGGCUUUGUCGAGAUCGAUACACCCAACUUGAGCGCCCGCAUUGUCCGGGAUGCCCAGGUCCUAGCCUCUCUUCGUGUGACAGGAGAGAGCUUCGACUUCCUACCCUUCGAUUACCUCGACCGCCGCAACCGUGAUGGCCAGUAUCAUUGGGGUGACAUCACCUACCGCUACCGCGAAGAGGGGAGCACAGCCUGGAUCGACGGUGACUCGGCGAAGAAGCGACAGCCCGUCGAGUCCCUCAGCCUUGGGGGUGCCCUCGCUGCGUCAGGCUUGGGGCCGACUCUUCCAGCAAGCCCACUGAACAUCACUCGUGAGUGGCUCGAGGUGGAUGGCGACCUUGGACUCCGCUUUACAAUCGUCAACACCGGGGACGCGACCCUCGAGCUCGGCAGCCUCGGCUUCCCGGCCGAGUUCAACAGCAUCUUCACUCAUCGCGAACCCCUCGAAAUGCAGAAGUCUUGCUCCCUAUCGGACCCGUACAUCGGUCUCGACGCUGGUCAGAUCCGCGUGACGCCUGUCAACCCGGUCCGUGGCUCUCGCGCUGCCCUCGUUGUUACACCGCUGGGGGGCACGAGCACACCACUCGAGGCAUAUCGCAAUCUAGUAGAGCCAUCAUUCCAGGACACAGGCUACGGGAGUCAGACAUUCGAGGGCUUUUACGAAUGGCAGGUCUUGUCCCAGGCGUGGGCCGAGAAGGAGUGGGCCGCGGCCGAGCAAGGGCCCUGGAACAACCCUUCGUCACGGACCCUUGAGUCUGGUGGAACCCUGCAGUUCGGGCUUCGCUUCACGGUUGCAACUGACGGCGUCCGAGGCUUCGAUGACGCUGUCCGUAAGACCGGUACGCCUACUGCACUGGGCAUACCGGGAUACCUCCUCGCAAGAGAUUUGCCGGGUCAGUUGUUCAUCAACGCGUCAUCCGAAAUCAGCUCCUUCUCUUCUGCGCCGGCCGGCGCUCUACGUGUUGCGGAGAAUGACAAUGGUGGGUAUACAGUAACUCCGUCAAGUGCGGAAUCCGCAUGGGGUCGUGUACGCCUGACGGUCAAGUAUGCCGACGGCAAGGUGCAAACCAUCCAUUACUUUAUCACCAAGCCGACCAGCGAGGCGCUCGCCGAUAUGGGCAGGUUUCUCUUCAAUGAUGCCUGGUUCACUGAUGAGUCAGACCUCUUCAACCGCACGCCUUCUGUAAUGACCUACGACUACGAGGCUGGCGCCAUCGUUGAGCAGGACUCGCGAGCCUGGGUGGCUGGACUCAGCGACGAGGGGGGUACUGGAGCCUAUGUCGCUGCCGCCAUGAAGCAGGUCUUGCAACCAGAUGCCGAAGAGGUCGCGAAGUUGGACGAGUUUGUCAACAAGGUUGUCUGGGGCCAGAUCCAGCUCGAGGACUAUUCAGUGCGAAAGUCCAUAUUCUACUAUGACCCCGAUCGCAUUGAUUACAACUACAGCUCGAACAUUGACUGGACAAGCUGGACGUCGUGGAACCGAGAAAACUCCUACUUCAUCGACCGCGCCUACAAUUAUGUUCACCCAGCAGCCGUAUACUGGGUUUUGUAUCGCGUCGCGAGAGCGUAUCCUGACUUGGUAAGCCAUGACUGGUCAUGGUACCUUGAAAAGGCCUGGGGAACUGCGCACCGCAUGACGGAUUCCGAGAUAUGGUACAAUGAUAUGGGUUUGAUGGGCGAGACGGUAUUUGGUUUCAUCUUACAAGAUCUCUUUCGCGAGGGCGAGACGAAUAAAGCAGAGCAGCUGGAAGCAAGAAUGCGAGAGCGUGCUCAGCUUUGGGACUCGCAGGAUGUACCUUACGGCAGCGAAAUGGCAUGGGACUCGACUGGACAGGAGGGUGUCUACUACUGGACGAAACAUUUCGGCUUCGAUGGGUCAGCUGCGCAAACAGUCGACAGUGUUCUUGGAUAUAUGCCGACGGUCCCUCACUGGGGCUGGAAUGGAUGUGCCCGUCGAUACUGGGACUUCAUCUAUGGUGGGAAACUGCGGCGCAUUGAGCGACAGAUCCAUCACUACGGAUCCGGUCUCAACGCGCAGGUUCUUCUCGCUGCCUUCCGCGAUGAUCCGAGCGAUUCAUACCUCGUCCGCGUUGGAUACGCAGGCUCCUCUGCACCCGUGUCAAACAUCAACCAGGUUGGUUUCCCCUCGGUAGCAUAUCACGCAUGGCCAGACACCCAGAAAUGGGACGGCAUAACAGGAGACUACGGUGGGGGGUUCCUGGGCAUGGCGCUCAGUGGUGGCGUGUACGUGGCAGACGACUCAGAGGUCGGUCUCGUGGCCUACGGCGGUAUCCUCGAUCGUCAAGCAAGCUCUGUCACAGUACAGCCGAAGGACGCAGUGAAGCGACGCGUCUACAUCGGUCCACUCAGCAUCUUGGUCGAGAUUGACGCCGGCAUGGUGGAGGAGUUUUCAUAUGACGGUGAAAGCGUGACGUUGAACGUCAAACAGCCGGCGGAUGGCCCAAGAGCUCAAUCGGUCAUUGUCUGGAUUGAUUCGCGAACUGAGAAGCAGUGGAGAGUGAUCAGCAAUGGGGCGGUCGAGGCACGCGGUGGUUGGCAGACAAGUUUCGGCGACGAUGGGGCUACAAUCAAGCUUGUGUCGGUCUAA